UCUGUUUCAGAUUCGUUUGUGAACAGCCAAGAAUGGACUCUGAGCCGCGGUGUUCCCGACCUCAGGCUCGGGAUCGUGGGUUCGUUGUCAUCCGGAAAGUCGGCGCUGGUGCACCGUUACCUUACUGGCUCUUAUAUGCAGGAGGAAUCUCCUGAGGGAGGUCGCUUCAAAAAGGAGAUCCUCGUUGAUGGCCAGAGUUACCUCUUGCUGAUCCGAGACGAGGGCGGGCCUCCGGAGUUACAGUUCACGGCUUGGGUGGACGCGGUCAUCUUCGUUUUCAGUCUGGAAAACGAGACGAGUUUCAACGCCAUCUAUAAUUACUACACAAAGAUGGCUCACUUCCGCAGUUCUGCAGACAUCCCCCUGAUUCUCGUUGGGACGCAAGAUGCUAUAAGUGAGAACAACCCUCGUGUGAUUGAUGACUCAAGGGCAAGAAAACUGGCCACGGACCUAAAGCGUUGCUCAUACUAUGAAACAUGUGCCACUUAUGGUCUCAAUGUUGAGAGGGUCUUCCAAGAUGCAUGUCAAAAAAUUGUACAGCAUAGGUUAUCAUCUUCAACGUCAUGCCUGACCCCGACAAACUCGCGGCCAUCAACACCCAAUAAUCAUUUCUCCACAGUGGUAGGAGGUGCACAAAGGCACCAUCAACCAGCACCAUCUCCUACCAACAAUGGGUUCCUUGCAGGUAGUACUACCACAACUACCAGCAGUUCUUCUCCCCAUACAUCGGGUGGCUCUCCUGCCAGCAACGUUAUGGUGGGAAAUGCGUCGCCCAGUCACACACAGACACUCACUCACAAGGAAUCGUGUAAUUUGAGCAGUGGACGUCAGGUUCACACUCUGUCUUCAUCUAACCAUCACCUGCAUCGACACCAGCAGGACACUAACAAACUCGAGUCCACGGACAAGUGGGGAAGCAAUACUCAUGUUUCAGGAACAGCUCCAUCUUCAGGAGUUGCCCCUGACAACAAUAAUGUUGUGACUAAAUUUGUUCCUCCUCAGAGCUUUGAUAACUUACCCCCGCCUCAGCCUCCAGGCUCCAAGGAUAAGGACCUUCCCACACCUAGCUCCACUCCUACAACCUCAAGGAAAAGUCGUAGAAGAUCGAACCUUUUCACGCCAUCCAAAAAAGGAGAUGACAAACUGAAGAAUGGGGAACUGGGCAGUGGACGGGCAAUACCUAUAAAGCAAGGCUACCUCUACAAGAGGAGCAGCAAAGCUCUUAACAAGGACUGGAAGAAGAAAUAUGUGACACUCUGUGAUGAUGGUCGCCUCACGUACCAUCCAAGUUUGCAUGACUACAUGGAUGAUGUUCAUGGCAAGGAGAUUUCAUUGCAGUACGUGACUGUGAAGGUACCUGGACAAAAACCUCGUGGUUCUAAAUCUAUUAUGGGUGGUGCAACAGCUGGUAACAAUGGUAUCAAUGAUGGCCUUGCAAGCCUCACUAUCACCAGUUUCCAAGGCAAGGAGAAACGGGUCACAGACAAAGUCCUGCUCACUGCAUUUGAACUGCUCAAAGAACCUGGUACUCGAGUUAUUCAGGCUCCGAGCAGUGAGGAUGCAAUGAUCAUCUCAAACAACACCAUUUCGACAUCACUGUUGAAUGGGACAGAUGGGAAGAUAGACACACCUAAUGUUAAGAAGAGACACAGACGCAUGAAGAGUAGUGGUAUGAAGAACACGGAGUGUGAUGACUCUGAUGGCUACGAGUUCUUCAUCGUGUCUCUUGACAACAAACAAUGGCACUUUGAAGCUAGCAAUUCAGAAGAACGGGAUGAGUGGGUCACGGCUAUCGAACAACAAAUACUCAACUCUUUGCAGGGUAAUGAGAGCAGUAAGGCUAAGUCAAGACUCAAUAGCUCUGUAGAUACAGGCUCAAUACAGGCUAUCCGUUCACGGGUGCCUGGCAACAUACACUGCGCUGACUGUGAUGCAUCAAAUCCUGACUGGGCAAGCCUUAAUUUGGGUGUGCUGAUGUGUAUUGAGUGUUCAGGUAUUCAUCGCAACCUGGGGUCUCACAUAUCUAGGGUUCGAUCUCUUGAUCUGGAUGAAUGGCCGCCAGGACACCUAAGUGUGAUGCUUUCAAUAGGCAACACUCUUGCAAACAGUGUGUGGGAAUGUAAUCCUCAUGUUCAAGCCAAACCAACGCCUAACUCAAGCCGCGAAGAAAAAGAGCGAUGGAUCAGAUCCAAAUACGAGAGCAAGGAGUUUCUAGCACAAGUGAAUCAGGGAGUUCCAAUUGGACAGCAGUUAGUUGACGCAGUGUGCAGGACAGAUAUGAAAAGUAUUUCCCUGCUUCUAGCACAUGCAACUGUGGAACAAGUCAACAGCUGUGUGAGUGCACGUGACUUACGUACACCUCUCCAUUUAGCAUGUGCUAUGGGUAACCUUCCUAUAGCUCAGCUACUUAUAUGGCACAACGCCAACGUGAAGGCAGUUGAUCAUGAGGGGCGGACAUGCCUUGCAUAUGCGAGGGCAGCCAAUAGCUUGGCUCUCAGCAAAUCUUCAGGGAGUGGCAACAACAGUGGGAGUGGCAGUGGUGGGUCAUGUGCACAGCUGAGUGUAGCAGCUACUACCAGUCUUGUGGAACUUUUGCUAGCCAAUGGCUGUCCUGAAGUGACAAGUGGCACUCUCCCUCGCAGGAGAGGUAGUGUGGGGCGUCGAGGCGGCGAUAGCUCAAUGCCCUCCUUUGAUAAACUUCCAUCCAGUGUCAUCUAGGGUCUGGGGAUGGGCGGUCAAACCCUGCCCAGGACAAGUUCAGGAGCCACCCAGCAAAAGGGAAAGGAAUCAACGUCUACUGUUGUCUAGGGAGAGGCCUAUCCCAACAACAUGAAGUCCAGCUACAGGGAUACCAUCAAGUAACAGAAGGAAUCUGCAUCUGUCAUUUAUAAAAAAUUCCACCAUCAACUUAAGUUGCAGACAGAAGUGGGGAAAAUAGUUAUUAUGUGUUGAAUAUUAUUUUGAAAGAAAGAAAAAAGCAAUGCACAGAGGUUUAUUGAUUUUGUUAAGCACGGAAGUAACGUUGCCCGUUGAGAGGAAGAGAUUUUUCUCUUACCUCUGCACUUUCUGCUUCUUUUAUCAUUUUGAAACUCAUAUCAAUUUUGGAUAAUAUAAUAAAUACAGUAACGAUGUCAACACAGAAUAAUUAUUGAAUAUGUAUUUGACUCUCAUAUCUUAAUCUUUCCGCAGGAUAUAUGUGGACAGAAAUAUGAUACAGUAUAAACAGAAGUUGGGUGGGUUCUUUUUGAUAUAGGUACUACCUUCCCAGAUGUAAUUAGUAGAGAACAGAGCUGUUCCUAAAUAAUAUUUAAAUUGUUUAUCAUGUACCCAGUGUGUAAAACAUAACCUGAAAUAGGCCACUUAUGUUCUUUUAAUAUGUUUCUUAUUUAUGGUUUUGUCAUGCAUAACAAUUUCAGUACAUGUAUAAAUUACGUUGUUAAAGGGAAGAUAUUUUGUGGAUUAUAUAACUAAAGUUGAAAUUCAUGUUUUGAACUUUAUACUUCGAUUUCAAACCUUAAUUUAGGCAUUUUGAACUUUUUUUUCUGCAAUCACAUGAUAACUAUAUAUCAUUUUCUAACAGAAAGCCUCACUGCUGUGUGGUGUAUUGUAUUCUUAGAGAGAAAAUUAACACCUAUAACUACUAAAAUAAGAAUAACGUGACUUUUUGGUGGUAACUUGUUUUUGUCUGUCAGCAUGUAUCAGACUCGGUUUUCAUGGUGUCUUAACCCUUUCUUUCAUUAGGUGAGCCCAGAGAGAGAAUUUUCAGUUUCAUGAUUUUAGUAAAUGUAAUUAAAUUUGAUCCACAACACAUCAUCUAUUUCAGACUCAAUACCGUAAUCACUUUAGUCCAAAUUAGUAAUAGUUUUAAAAACCAUUGUCUCCUAUCUUUACUUUUCAUUGCAGUAACUACAGCAAGAAUUGAUGGGUAACUUUAUUUAUUUACUUGUUAACUAAUCCCAGAUUAGUUUCACAGAUUAUCCAGAAGUACAUAUUUUAGUGUUUACAUUCAUUUAGGCAUGAUGAAGCUCAGAAUAAAGGCAUGAUUAUAUUUAAAAAAAAUUAGUGACGUCAUGGCUCGUAAAUUAAGUAUGCCAUAACCCAGAAUAAUUUGAAUAAGAAAUCCAGGGGGGGUGGGAGAAACUAUUUUGAAUGAACUGAAAGGAUUCUUACAAAAAAUAACCAAAUUAUUACUUUUGCUACUUCCCAUCAUCAUCACUUGUCUUAUAGGACGAUAUCAUUCCACUUUUCUUAUUCCUUAAACCGUGAUAUUUUUAAUGUCUACUAGUCUGGCUGAAGUAUAACAAAAAAUUAAAGUUGUACCUCUAAGAUAUUGUAAUUGUAAUUAGGCUUUGAAAAUAAAUUAAUGUUAAUGUUCAAUGUUUUGCACAUCCUGCCACCCCCCAGGAUUUAAAAAGAUGUGUGCUUUUAAAUCACAGGUAGUGAAACAUGCAAAAUUACGCACAAGUUAAUUCUGAUGUAAAAAAAAAUUGCCAAUCAGUGCAAAGCUGAGGAAUGGGAAGGAUAAUCCCCCCCCCCCUCACACACACAUGCGCACACAAUAAUUGUGUGUAAAAAUAUUUUAUGUGAGAUUAAAUGUUUAGAUAUUUUUAACAGCCCUGGUCUGGAGGUAGUUCUUCAUAAAUUACCGACUCAACUUUUGUAUUCUAUUUCUUUAUUUUGCCCUGAUGACUUGUACAUGCAUGUCAACAAUAUGCUUGUAUUGUAGAUGUACAUACCUUGUUUAUUAAUAUAAUUAUAUUUCCACCAUACUUCCUUUCACAUAGUAUGCUACCAGAACCUUGCAUAAACAUAUUCAAAGUGUCAGUAAGAUUUAUAUAACCUGUAUUAUUUAUAGUAGAAUUUUGUAUAUGAAGAAUGAUUCUGUUCAGUUUGGACAGGGCUCUUUCUUCAUUUAAAUAUAACAAUACCAAGGUUCAUACAACUUAAUGACCAAUGAAAUUCUUCAUUGUGAAUGUAUUUGUUCACCUUAUGUGAAUGAUGGAUAUGACAAGGUAUUAUUAAAUUUGCCUCCAAAGUUUAUGUUACCAUGAAAUAAUGUAGCAGAAUCUUGCUGUGUUAUAUAUAUUAUUACAGAAGAAUAAUUUAAUUGAUCAGCAUUUCUAAGGCAAAGUUUUGGUUUAAUGUUUUCUUGCUGUAAUUGUAAAUAGUUAUGUACACUUUUCACGAUAUAUUUAAAAAGAUUUAUUUAAUAUGGGAAGGAUUCCUAUUGUUGAACUCUCAUCCAGUGUUUUGUAGGUCAUUCAUUUGAUUUUCUGCCAUUCUGAAAGAAUUAUUAAGCUAGGGAGUACAUAGUAACAAAGAAACAGGACGAUGUAUGCACAGUUAUUUGUGAACCACUGCACCAGUUUUUCCAAGUGUGUCACCUACAAAAAUUAAGGAACUCCAUUAUUUUCAUAUAUGUUAUACCGUUCUUUUAUCUCAGCCAUUACAUGUUAUUUCAUUAUAGUUUGUGGCCUCAAGACAUAUAAAUUGAAAAGAAAAUCCGUGCUUUGUAAAUAACUAUAAAGAAAAUACUGACUGCCUUCAAUGUUAUGUAUUAUAUUGUUAUGUCCAGUUCUUUUCUUUUGUUACUACUUCCUUCACGUCUUUCCAUCUUGCACUGUUUUCUGUUUGAAAAGGAAGUUUGAAGUUUCGAAACUUGUGUACAAUGAGGCGAAAGAGUUUGUAAAUAUUGUAAUCAAGUAAUUUGUACUGUACACUUUAAUGCAGUAAGUAAAACUGAAAAAAAUAUAUAUAUAUAUAUACACCUGCCAAUAAUGGAUAUGUUAGAAGACAUUCUUUACUUGAAAAAGCGUCAUAGUAUUCUCCCCUUCGAUAACUUGUUUCCUCCUCUAUUCCGUGGAAAUUUUGUUUAGUUUGUUGCUGUUUCUUUUCCAUUGUUAAUGUCAAAGCUUAGACAAGGAUCUGGGUACUUUUAAGUGUGCUCGUUUUUUGUUUUGUUUGUGCAUUUAACAUAAUGUAAUAUGAUUUGAGGUUUUGACGGCAGUGAGUGUGAAUAUGGCUGCCUUCUGGGUCAUAGCACUACAGCUCAAAAGACAACCGUCUUCAUAUUUUAAUAUUAUUAAGAGAAAUAUAUUUGUUUUACAUUUCUUA